UUCUAAGAUUUCAUAACGCCUUGCCUCAAAAUAGUGAUUUCUCAUUCUAUUCAGAGUUUCAGAGCAGUUACCCUUAAUUUACAUUUGGGGGUUAGUUUGUCAAUCUGGAUGGAAAGUAGACUUUGCUAUUUAUUUGUGAAACUCCAGCAGACACAGCUCUUUCCAGGAAGGCCAUUUAGUCUUGCCUCUUGCUUGAUUCAGGAAAUCCAGAGCUUGCAGUAUCUUCAACAGGUGGUUCUUCAGCCUCUGCUUGAAGUUCUUUAGUGAGGAAGUGCCUCCCCUACCCUCCCCUACCCUCUAGUCAUUGAGAAAGCCAGAUGGAAGUGGGAACUGGGGUUUACAGCGAACCAACAUGCCUUGAAACAGCUUAGAGGCUGGGUGGUGUGUUUUAGCUUUUAUACCAUCUUGGCACGAUUUUAGCACCAAGGAAACCAGAACUAGAGUCACUUACUUGCUGCCCUGCACUUCCUGGCUCUCUGUCUUUGUAAUGCUUGCUUCUUCUCUGAUCUGUAAUUUUUCAAGAUUCUGAUAAUAGGAAUUUAAGAGAGAAGGUGUGUCCCCUCCCAACCCCAUACACACACAAAUGAAAGUUCUUGGGUUUUCUGCUUUUCAUGUCAGUCGGCACAAACGCACAAUCUGCACAACUGUUUUUGAGGCAGUAAAAUGAUUCAUAGGCAUUGGGAUAAAUGGGUGGCCCAAGUUAAGUCAAGCAUAGGUGUAAAAGGAAAGCACCUCUACAAGUACUCUGGCAAGCCCACCUGCCUUAAUCAGGUAGAUGAAUCAGGUAGAUUAAUAUAAUAUCUGUGUGCUAACUUUUUUCUUUUUUCUCUCUGUUCAUUCUUUCAGGAUAUAUUUCACACUAUGUGCUGACUGUCUGUACUUACAGAAGAUAUUUAAAAACAAUUUUUCCAAAAAAAAAAUUUUGAUUCCAGUGGAAUCUGCUUUAGAUUUUGUCUUGUGAAAUAACACCUGAAACAAUGCCUGUACAAGCUCCACAAUGGACGGAUUUUCUCUCCUGCCCGAUUUGCACACAAACGUUCGACGAAACGAUCCGGAAGCCCAUCAGCCUGGGCUGUGGCCACACUGUCUGCAAAAUGUGCCUGAACAAGCUCCACCGGAAGGCGUGUCCCUUCGACCAGACCAAUAUCAACACAGAUAUCGAGCACCUUCCUGUGAACUCAGCCUUGUUGCAGCUUGUGGGUGCUCAGGUGCCAGAACAGCAGCCAAUAACUCUGCGCAGUGGCGCCGAAGACACCAAGCAUUAUGAAGAAGCCAAGAAAUGUGUGGAAGAACUGGCCUUAUACCUCAAGCCACUGAGCAGUGCACGGGGUGUGGGGCUGAACAGCACCACUCAGAGUGUGCUCAGCCGUCCCAUGCAGAGGAAGCUGGUGACGCUCGUUCACUGCCAGCUAGUGGAAGAAGAAGGACGGAUCAGGGCCAUGCGGGCAGCACGAUCGCUCGGUGAAAGAACCGUCACAGAGCUCAUCCUUCAGCACCAGAACCCCCAGCAGCUCUCUUCCAACCUUUGGGCCGCAGUGAGGGCCCGAGGCUGCCAGUUCCUUGGCCCAGCAAUGCAGGAAGAAGCCCUCAAGUUGGUUCUUCUGGCAUUGGAAGAUGGUUCUGCUUUGUCUCGGAAGGUCUUGGUUCUCUUUGUGGUACAGAGGUUGGAGCCACGAUUUCCCCAGGCUUCUAAAACCAGCAUUGGGCAUGUUGUCCAGCUCCUUUACAGAGCCUCCUGUUUCAAGGUCACUAAACGUGAUGAGGAUUCAUCCCUGAUGCAGCUGAAGGAGGAGUUCCGAACAUACGAAGCUCUGAGGCGAGAGCACGAUUCCCAGAUUGUGCAAAUUGCAAUGGAGGCCGGCUUGCGCAUUGCUCCUGAUCAGUGGUCCUCGUUGCUGUAUGGAGACCAGUCCCACAAAUCCCAUAUGCAGUCCAUUAUUGACAAAUUGCAGACCCCAGCUUCUUUUGCGCAGAGUGUUCAGGAACUAACCAUUGCUCUUCAGCGGACUGGCGACCCGGCCAACCUGAAUCGGCUCCGACCUCAUCUAGAACUCCUGGCAAAUAUCGAUCCUAGCCCAGAUGCCCCACCACCUACAUGGGAACAGCUUGAGAACGGACUGGUAGCCGUGCGAACUGUAGUGCACGGGCUGGUUGAUUACAUCCAAAAUCACAGCAAGAAAGGAGCAGAUCAGCAGCAGCCUCCUCAGCACAGCAAGUACAAGACAUACAUGUGCCGAGACAUGAAGCAGCGAGGAGGGUGCCCCCGUGGGGCCAGCUGCACAUUUGCACACUCGCAGGAAGAACUAGAAAAGUUCCGUAAGAUGAACAAGCGACUUGUUCCUCGGAGGCCUCUGAGUGGUUCCUUAGGCCAGCUGAACGAAGUGGGCCUGUCGGCGGCGGCAGCGAUGCUCUCCGAGGAAGGGGUUGUGGAUCUGCCCAGCAGGAAGCCCUCGGCCUUGCCGAACGGGAUUGUCCCCACGGGCGGGGCCGUGACGCAGCUCAUCUCCCGCGGAACCGACUCGAGCUAUGACUCGGCCCUGAAGCCUGGGAAGAUGGAGCUCCACAGCAGCAGCGCCCCCGGAUCACCUCCUGACUUGCUGGAACCUGUUCCUAAGAGUCCUCUGUCUGCCUUACCAGUGAACACUCACCCAGUGGCACCCCGUGGACCUGCAGACCUGCCUCCAAUAUCAGUGGGCAAGCAGCUCCAGAUGGUACCGCAGGGUUCCCAGCUGUACCCAGCUCAGCAAACAGACGUGUUUUACCAGGAUGCUGGAGGAGCAGCUCCGCUGUUUGAGGCCCCGCCUUACCAGCCACGUGUGUGUUAUCCUGCCACUCAGUCUCCACAGUGCAUGUCCCGAUUUGUCCGGCCUCCUCCGUCUGUUCCUGAGCCAGGCCCUCCUUACUUGGAGCAUUACCCGCCAUACCUCCAGGAUCGCAUGGUGAAUUCUCACUACAGCGCCCAGCCACAGCCAUACCCUCCCAUGGGGCAGCCGAUGUACCCGCCUCACUAUGACGGCAGGCGUGUGUACCCCCCAGCCCAGACGUACCACCGGGAAGAUGUCAUCCGAGGGAGCCCUGUGCCCAUUGAAAUUCCUCAGCCAGCCGUCUCGCCAUACGUUCCUGAAACAAGAGACCGAUACUCACAAGUCGAAGGCUACUACCCGGUUGGCCCACAUCUGAACCCGAUCAGACCUUCCUAUCACCGAGACCCUUAUCCCCGGCCUCCCCCACAGCCACAUCCCAGUCUAGAUGAAUUGCACCGUCGACGAAAGGAGAUCAUGGCCCAGCUGGAGGAAAGGAAGGUCAUCUCUCCACCUCCUUUUGCAUCGUCACCAACUCUGCCUCACUCUUUACACACUGAUGAGUAUAUAGACGAAGACCUGAAAGUAGCUGGGAAAUACAAAGGAAAUGAUUACAGCCAGUACUCCCCCUGGUCAUGCGACACCAUCGGCUCCUACAUUGGAACCAAAGAUGCAAAACCCAAAGACAUUGUGGCAGUGGGGCUUGUGGAAAUGGUGAACACAGAUAGCAAGGGGAUGCGAGACCAGCGUUUGGAUUUGCAGAGAAGAGCAGCAGAGACUGGCGAUGAUGAUCUUAUCCCCUUUGGAGAUCGGCCUACCGUAUCGAGGUUUGGCGCUAUCUCGCGGACAUCCAAGGCGAUGUACCAGAAUCCUGGCCCCAUGCAAGCCAUGACUGUCCAAGGGGCUUCUGCAAAACCAGUCAACGUUUCAGAUUACAGCCCUUACGGAACACACAGUGCAUGGGGAGGCUCCUAUUCACCCCAUCAAAACACACCUUCUCAGGGACGCCUUACUGACAGGGAGAGGUUGUCGAUGCCCGACGUCGCUGGCCAUGGGAAGCCUUUGCCCCCGUCUGAGAGGGAGCAGCAGCUUCGACUUGAACUGCAGCAGCUAAACCAUCAGAUUAGCCAGCAGACACGAGGCCUGGAGGCUGUUAGUAACAGGCUGCUGUUGCAGAGGGAGGCGACCCCCUUGGCAGGCCAGCCACAGCCCCCACCACCACCUCCUCCUUCGUGGCCUGGAAUGGUCUCCAGUGAACAGCUGAGCUUGGAGCUGCAUCACGUGGAGAGGGAAAUCGGGAAGAGAACCCGGGAACUGAGCAUGGAGAACCAGUCUUCACUCGAUGUGAAAGGCAAAGUGGGCGCCAGUAAGCAGACAGAAAACGGACAGCAGAGCAAGAUCCCAGCUCAGGACCUUGCGCUGACAUUCAGCAGCGAUGUUCCAAACGGAUCCACCCCAACCCAAGAAAACAUUGGCCUUCUUUUGAACAAAACUGCAGCUCUGAGCUUGUCGGAAAGUGCUGAAGGGGGAGGAGGCGACCAGGACAUCCAGAGGACUGGAGCGGCGCCCUCCUCUGCCCCCUGAACGGCGGGGCCCGUGUGUCCCCCCGCUCGUCCCAGAGAUCACCGGCCCUCCUCGGGAGACCGUGAGCCAGGACUGGGGCAGCAGCCGCAGCAGCAACAGCAGGUCCUGAGACAAUGUGCACACCACCACGACUAGCAACAAACCCUGCACAUAGUUCACAUUAACACAUUUUUUAAUUAAAAAAAUGAAAAUUAGCAGUAUCUGCAAGCAACUCAAAUUAAAUUUGUUUUUGUUCUGUGAAUGAACUUUAUUUUAAUAACUUUGGAUGCCUUGAAUGCCAGGGCUUUAAAAGAAACAGAUAUUAUAUAUAUAUGUGUAUAUAUAUAUAUAAUACACACACACUCUGUUUGAUUAAUUGUAUGAUCUUAAUGAGGUAGGUUUUCUCUUUUAUUUUGGUAUUAUUACAUACCCAGUGUAUAAUUCCUAGGCCUUUUUCCUCCUUCCUUCAAAACAAGCUCACCCGUCACUGCUUUGUGUGAGUUUGAAAGGAAAAUAGGGAAUACGAGAUGGAGGAGGAAGCUCUAAAUUGCCUGAUCGGAAGAUGUGUAGCAGCGUUUUUGAAAGUAACUCUCUGUGUAGAGGCUAGAUCCUUUUCAUUGCAUUUUUCUAACCACGAUCGCUUUUGAACUUCAGGCGGUGACGUGUUGAUCGUCGCCUCCACGGUCGCUAACGGCAUAGGACACACGAGACCUCAGGGAUUGCUUUUUCCACUUCAGAAAAGUGUGGAGUGGCCUGGCCCACCAGUCAGUGUAAAUCGGCCAAUACUGUCAGAUCCCAGUUCCACCUGCACCGAUACGCAGAUUAAAGGCAAUGGCAGCUGAACCCUAAACCAGCCUCGAGAGGAAUCUGGAAGUGGGUGAAGAGCCACCUCAGACGUGGGGUUUAGGAUGGGAAGGGCAGAUCUGUCCGGAGCAACUUCCAUUUGCAGACGAAGUGAGAUUCUGCGCCAGGUGUAUGCUGGCAACUGACUCUUUCGGGAGUGAUGAGGCGGCAGGGCCAUCAGGCACCUCCCUUCCUUGCUGCUUGGAGAGCUGUUCUUGGAAGUCGUGGGCCUCUCUUUGGGGAAGGUGUUGCUCUCACUGCGCACUGAAUUGUCGAAACUUCCUGCGUGAGGAGGAGCGGCUUCCAAGAAAGCAGCACUCGUCCAGCAGCUCUUUUUGGAGCCUGCACGAGACGGAAGCCAUUCUUGUGUUGACAGAUGUGGUUUCAUGGAUGACGGCCAUAAACAGGCUGUUGCGGGCAGAGGUCGUACACAUGCGGGGUGCAUUUUGGCUUCCUCCCUCCCUCCUCUUUCCCGCUGACCUGCACCUCCUCUGGGGAGGAGCGCUGCGUGGGCAUCUUAGCAACUGCUUCCUCACAUCUCUCAGGCCUGAUUCUGCCUAUGAAUUAGACUACUAAAACUCAAAACACACUGGCUAUGUAAUAAGUUGAAGCAUUGCUUUGGUUGGGUAAAAGCAGAAGUUGAUUAAUCUUGUUUUAGGUUAUUUCUCUUCCCUUAAGGUCCAUUAAGGCCAAAACACCUUUCAGCUGUUUUGCAUCUGUCUUAACUGUUCAAGAAGAAAAAACGGGGGGAACGCAGGCCCUCUCUUGCCUACCAGUAGGAGUGUCCAAGCAGAAAACUCUUUUGAGUAGUGACUAUUUAAUUUGCCCAGUCAAGGCACCGCAUGUAUAUACUAUUUCACAUUGAAUUUGAUUAUGCCCUACAGACCUGGCUGGCCAAAAAUUUGGUAUACAUAUUGGCUUGGGAAUCGAGCAUUCAUUUUUUAUUUAAAUAAAAAUUAUAUAUAUGUGUGUUUGUGUGUGUGUGUAUAUACACACACACACAUAUGCGUAUAUAUGUAGUUAUAUCUGUAUAUAUAUAUUGGGUAUGUUUUAAGAAUUUUUUCACAUGAGUACAGCUGUUAUAAAACAUCUGGGAGGUAGAGGCACAGAAAAUUUAUCUCAAAAAGCAUUUAGACUCUCGUUUCUCCUACUCCUCUUAAAACUCCCACUCCACUUUAUCUCGGCUCUAACACAAGAAAUGCCUGUCCCUUCCUUCUUCAGCCCACCUUCCACUGGAGUCCCGAUAGCAGUGCAGGUUCUUCUUUUCACGGAGGUUGCUCAUGUGGGAGCCCACGUGGCACCCGGUGAGGGGAGCAGUGAAGCACGCCAGUACUCGGCUAACUCUGUCCUGAAAUAUAAUAUUAUUUUGCUGGUCACGUCACCUAACAUACAAAGCUUGCAGGAUGCCCUCCCUGAUAGGAAGCGCCUUGCCCAGAAUAGUUGUCUCACCCUGGUCUAGGAACGAACAUCCAGUACAUCUGUCCUGCAGCCUUAUUUUUGCAGGUGCUCCCUUUGAGUGAGUGAGAGAGGGAGAGGGAGAGGGAGAGGGAGAGAGAGAGAGAGAGAGAGAGAAAACAGUGACUUUCCCUGUGCAAAGCAAGCAGAUUCAUUUCUGCAUGUUCACACUGCAUGUGCAUUGACUUGCGCUCACGGUCAGAGGCCUUGCAGAAAGCGCAGACUGUAGAAGCACCUCCUCUCCCAGCUGCAUGCAUUGAACUCAGGGGGAAACGGGCCAAUGGCUCAGAAAAUCCUAUUACUGACCACUCUGGAAAUGUUUCUGCCAUAAAACUGCGUGCUCUGAACAUGAGCUUAUAAAGAACAUUUCUUAGUAUUUGUCCCAUCACCUGCCCAGACCUGUACUUUGUGCGUGAUGUACUAUGUAGGUUAAUGUCCUGUUUGCACAAGGAAAUGGUUUUGUUUAACCUCUGUAAACCACAUUGAUCUUGGCUUAGUUUCCUCUUUUCCCUCAGUUCUGUGCAAUUUCAUCAGCAAGGGUGAACAGAUAGGGACCUAGGAAAGACUUUACAUUUUUUUUAAAAUGUUUAGAUAAAAUGUAUUGCCUUUCAAGUAGAAAAAUCUGUAAUAAUGUAGUUCUUAUCCUUCCUUUUAUAAUCUACUUCUCAGGUCUGCAUACUGAAACCCUGCAAUGCCAUUUCAGAGAAGGGUGGGGGUGGGCAUAAUCCUUGUUUCUCUGGUAAGGAGAUGGAGGGAAAUUUUAACCGAGAAACAACUGCUGUGCAAUAAUUUCUGUGGCUUUCAAAAAGCUAUUUUCAGAAUAUUAAUUGGAGCUAGAGGCACAUAUAUUUUAAAAAUAGAACAUCUCUAGAGACCCCUGCUUCAGAGGAGAUUUCUUUGCAUGCCAUUUCUACAGGCUGGCAGCAUUCCGGAGCUGUGGAAAGACUGCACACUGGUCUUUCGGAGUUCUGCGUGUUUGCUUUCACAUUAACUUCAGAUUCUGUACCUUUGGACUCUAAAAAGCUUUGCCUUGUAGCAAUUAAGAAAUGGGGAAACAGUGAGACGAAUAUACAUGGCUAAACCGUUACAACACCCUCCUUCCUUCAUGUAUACUAUGCUUGGGUCUUUAUCACAUUUUUCUCUGCAAAAUUAAGAAUAACAUCCAUCACUAUUGAUUAAUGAACCAUUUUGUAGAUUACCACUUUCAUUCCGCCCAGAAAGCUUCGGCUAUUGGCCGGUGUAGCAGUGUAAGGAGUAAAUCCGUUACGUUGUUGUUUUAUCACAUGAACUAAGUGACGUUUCCACUUAGACCUGUAUUGCAACUUGGUUCUCUCCAGGAGUUUGGGACUACAGCUCCGCUAACCCCUGACCUUUAGCCAUUUUGGCUAGUACUGAUGGGAGUUGUAAUGCAGAACAUCUGGAGGGUGCCAGACUGCUGACUCCUUCAUAUUCUUGGAAUAUUUAGAUGCUCUGACAUAAGAUAGGCAUAGUUGUGUCUACUCACUUGAACACUCCUUUGUGAUUAGAACAAAAUUUAAUUCCAAGAUAGGCAAUUUCUUGUAAUUUCUGACGUAAUGUAAUUUCUGAAGCAUUACAGGUAAAUCCGGAAGUGACUGAGGGACCCAGACUUCAGAAUAAUCUUAAAUAAAUUCAUUCAGUGUAUGAAAAGAUGUAAUUCCCACUGUCCUUGAAGUAAUUAUGAAAUGGGUUUUGCUCCUCUUUCAGAUUAGUCUAAAUGCUUUUAGCCAAUGGGGACUUAACGUAUCUGUUCUGACUUUGCUGUGCUUCCUGUUGUUUCAUCGUAGUCUUCUGAUGUGCCCGCCACUCUCCCUUACCACGCACCAGUUGACAGCUUGCUGCCUCAAAAUAGCGCAUUCAGAUGAAUUUGCUUAGCCAAUAACUUCUGUGAAGUUGCCUUUUCUAAUGGUGUCAUUACUCAGUGAUGCACAAAUGUGGUAUUGCCCCUACUGGUAGGCAAAUAAGGGGGGGUCUGUAUAAAUGUGGAAAAUGCCCUUUUUCAUUCAUGGAGAGCCAAAGACUUGUGCUUUACUCUUGGUUUGUUAGGGAUUUUUUUCCUUUUCUCUAUUCAUUUCGCUGGGUUAGCCAGUUUGGAUUGAAAAUCUUGUGAUGUUUAUGUUUUCAGCUCUUAACACUGGUAGAAAGAUACAACAGCUUGUGAUUGUCAAGCCUUACAAAACACAUGUUCAGUGAUGGUGAAUUAUUAACACAUUUCAGAAGUGAUGUGUUUAAGCAUUGUUACAUUUGCAGCCAUUUAUCUAACUCCUUCAUCUUUUUUUGUUAAGAAAAUGCUUGAACACUCUCCCACCUCUCUUCAGUUUACAACUAGCAAGGAAAGGGCUUAUUUUUAAAAAGUUACUGUUUGUUUUCAUAGUUCCUGCUUGAAAUUUUCUAUUGAGCUUUAUUAAAAAUAAGUAUAAGGAAGGUUUAAAGAGACUAAAUAAAAACUCUCAAUAGACGCAGCACUCGCUGUAAUGAGGCUGCAGAAGCGAAUGCAUGCAAACAUGCUGCGUGUGAUCAGACAGGUGGGUCUGUGCUGUCUGGGUGCAGGAUCUCUUCGGAAUGCUGCCUGAUCAGGAAUUCGCACGUGAAUCCACUAUCACGGCAGGACUAUAAAGUUAGAAAGCACUCUUGUUAGUUCUACUGACUGAACGAGCACGGCUUCCUCACAGGAGGCUUCCCUAGGGAAGUUGCGCAUCCCCCCAGUUUCCAUGUUAGUUCCUAGUGGAAGUUGCUGUUUGGUCCACAUGGCUGGGUCUCUUUCCUCGGGAGGUUGCCUUUUUUCCAGAACUAGUUUUGCCAGGUUGCAGACUUGAAAUUUUGCCUGUUCCUUUCAAAGUCCUGGAGGCAGCAGAAGACCACGCUGCCGCCAGUCCGCUCGUCCGCGUCCACACCCAGCCUGUUACAGGCGUGCGGUUUUCCUUACAGUAGGGUGGGGUAAAUGGUGGACAUGUGGACCACAUCUGGGUGAGAAGUCCCACAUCUGCAUGCAUUUCACCUGCCACCAAACUUCCUAACCUCCAGACUGAAAUCUAACAAUCCCUAUCCAGGCUUCUAAUCAGAAUAUUUAUUUGACUCAGUGUAUUUUGCUAUGUACUAAUUUUGAUGUUAUUAAUUAGUAUGGAUAAGAAUUUUAAGAGAGACUUGGUGCCAUUGGAUGACUAUCAGCUGUUUGGCUUUAUAUUGUGAAUGCAGCCUCCACCCUCACUUUUUCGAGGAGUAGCUCCAGAAAAAGGGUGGGAGGCUUCCAACUGCCACAUCCUGUCACAUCAGCGGCCCCAUUCGGAGGUAGUUAAGCCAUGGUUCUUGUGUAAGCCAGCACACGAAUGACCCCCAGUGAGUACUGGGAUCUGAAACUUUUGUCCCCUGCAGGAACCGUGAGAGUUUGGAAGCUUUUGCUCCUCUUCUCUGUUAACUCCUGCUUGAUGUAUCCAUCCAAGACUGGAUUAACACUAAUCUUAACUAUGGUUUAUUGAAAUAAGCCAGUUUCAAACCCUGAUGUAUGAAGCUGGUUUUGUUCAAAAGCUAGGAAUGAAGAGGAGCUCCAUUUGUGGGGUCAGACAAUUUGCUAAUCAAAAGCAGACACGGUCUCUCUUGGCCAAUCUCAUGGCUGUGCCGGGAGGGGACAGGGAGCGCGAUCCCAAGAUUGGCUGAGGCUCACUUGGAACAUUAAACAGCAGCUAACUAUGAAAUCUGGAUGCAGAUGAUUUCUUGUACUGUGCCACUUCCCCCUGAUGUGCACAUCACAAAAGAGGCUUUCAGAAAUGUAUAGUUGAACUUUCAGUCACGCACACAGUUAACAUCCGUAGCCGUGCUUGAUUGAAUCAUAAAUUGCAUGAGACUAGACCAGUCUCUGUACCGGAAUGCUGCAAUUGUGGGACAGUACUAGAAACUAAAUCCUUUGGAGGGCGUGGAAUGAGCCUUUUUGUGCUGUAGAAAGCACUACGAAGUGUUCUUCUCACUCACUUAUCAGCCUGGUUUUCAGUCUGAUCUUAAGCUGCUCUGGAAUUCAUCUUGAAUAUGCAGCAGCUGCCGCUUCAGGGAAAACAGUUACUCCAUAUUUUUCUGGCUCAGUUGUUCAAAAUGCAUCAGGGUAAUUACGAAAAAUGAAAAAGCACUCUGAUUUAACCCAGUUUCCUCCAGUUCAGCCUGGACAUAGCCCUGCGCGUAACAGAAGGGUAGCUUUGUAAGGCCAUGUUGGUAUUGUCCAAAGUCACCCUCCGUUCUCCCACCACUCCUGUGGGGUUUCUGUGGUAUAUAUUGCAUUGAAUACAACAACAGAGUUUCUUAAUUUUAAAGGAAAAUGUGAUGGCUGAAAUAACAGUGUGCCCCCCCCCCCCCUUUGGGAAAGGCUCAUCUUUUGUUGUAAUAUCUGAAGAGCUCAGUAAUAACUACAGUUAACCUUUGUUGCCUAGGUAGCUUUAGUUCUGAUGCCUCACAUUAGUCACUUGUGUCUAAAUAACUUGCGUACUUAGAGCUGUUUGAUGCUUUUUUCACAUUAGAAACGUAUCUACUUUUGGAGGUGAACAAUAUUAAAGGGGGUAAAAGUGUAAUGCUAUAAUGCUCUCUCUCUCUCUCUCUAAAAUUAAAGUAUUAGAUAUGCUGAUGUUACAUGUAUCUUUAUGAAAAAACAACAUCCUGUGGAGUAUUUGGUGUUUGCUAUAAACAAAAUUUGUUUGCUUUUGUGUAUGUUAAAGUGACUUUGGGCACAGCUGUACUUGGGAAUGGCCUCCGCACGAGUCCCGUGGAAUGCACCGGACGCCUGCAAGAGGCCAUCGCCGUGCCUCCUGUCGUUCCUGUUAGUUUGUUGUGGCAGACAGUACUCACAAGUCUUUGGCAUCCAAAACCAGAUUGUGUACCUGGAUCGGAAUCCCACAACUGGAUUUGCGUAGGGAGCGCUUUCCAAGCUUCACGCGUGACAAACUGCCUGGGCACGCGGGGCAGCGGGGCGGGGGGUGCGUUUCCAGCCCCCCGUUUCAGGCUCUUUGCCCUGCGCCCAGGGGAAUUCUCUGCUGCCCAUUGCCUUCAGUCUCUGCUUGCUAUGUAAGCAGCUCUUUGCUAGCCACCCCCCCUUUCCUUAAAGGCGCCCCUCCAGCAGCAUGGUGGCGCUUUGGUCCGCUUUCAGGGUGCGGCGAGCCACCGCCCGAGUCUGCCCCCCCUCUGCUCAUCAGGCCGGCCCCCUCCCUCCUCAGCAUCCCCUGGCCACUUCCAGUUGUGGGAUUUCUCUAUAUGUGUGUGCAUUCUUUAUGGUUGUGUGUGUGCGUGGGGGGGGGGGUGUUAAGCCAAGUUUCCUUUGGUCUUUUUAGGGUUGUACCAGUCUCCCCGAGACAUUCUUAAGUCAUCACCUUUUUGGGUGGAGUUCAUUUUUUUUAAUAACUUUUUGACAUUUUGGUGCAUAUAUGCUUGGGAUGGAGCUCAUGUAAUUUACCAAUCGUAUUGAUUGUAUGUGAUUGUGCCCUGCAGAGGUAUAUUUAACAAAAAAAAUAAAAAAAUAAAAAAUUA